CGAUAUAAACUCUUUGUCUUUGUUAUAAGAUAACAACUUUAAUUUACAAGUAGCAACCAAGAUGUAGACUUAUAUAAGUCAAACAUCUUAAGAACCAUUCAUUCCAAACAACAUAAAAACCCUUUUUAAAAACUCACAACUUCUUCUCCUUCCAUUAUUUCUCCUUCUCACUUCCAUUUUUUUUCAAACUCCAACAUUUUUUUCUCCCUUUAUUUUCCUCCCUCCUCCAACCCCACGUGUGCUCUCAACCACUAUUUCUCAUGAGCACCCAAGCACCACCCUCACCACCCCAAGGGCUAACCCAAGAAGAAUACACCACCCUUCAACCCCUCAUCCAAACCUACCACACCUUCCACCCUACCCCCAACACCACCACCUCCCUCAUCACUCAACGCAUCGACGCCCCCGCCGACAUUAUCUGGCCUUAUGUCCGUCGUUUCGACAACCCCGAACGAUACAAACACUUCAUCAAAAGCUGCCGUUUAACCUCAGGAGACGGCUCCUCCGUUGGUAGUGUACGUGAAGUUAGCGUAGUAUCCGGUCUUCCUGCUUCUACCAGCACCGAACGCCUCGAGCUUCUUGAUGAUCAACACCGCGUGCUUAGCUUUCGUGUGGUGGGUGGACAACACCGCCUUCGUAACUACAAAUCUGUUACCUCCGUGAAUGAGUUUUUCGAGGAUGAUAAUAACAAAAAAGUUUAUACAAUUGUUUUGGAAUCGUAUAUUGUUGAUAUUCCAGAAGGUAAUACUGCUGAAGAUACCAAGAUGUUUGUUGAUACUGUUGUUAAGCUUAAUCUUCAAAAACUUGGGGUUAUUGCUAUGUCUGAUUUGCAAGGUAAUAAUAAUGAUGAAUAAUUAAUUA